AUGAAUUACUGGCUUGAACGUUUACCUGCAAUCCGCGAAUAUGUCUUCCUCUUAUCCACACUUCUUGUAGCUGUGACGCCAGUGCUAGGAAAAUUUGUAUCCAAUCCAAAGGUGACGCCAGUGCUAGGAAAAUUUGUAUCCAGUCCAAAGGUGACGCCAGUGCUAAGAAAAUGUGGAAUUUCUGGUUGCUGCGGACUACGCUGUAAUAAGUUGAAACCAAGCGAUUACGACAUGAAAUUUUUACGCCGAUAUAAGUUGAAACCAAACGAUUACGAUAUAGAAUUGACUAGAAAUGUGUCACAAAUGUUUGAGGUAGAUGUUUUUCCCUGCCCUCUAUGCGCUGAAGAAGAUCAAAAGUGGAUCAGCUUCGUCGCUGUGAAAGAUUAUGAUGAUGAACAAGCAAUGGAUGAUCUUUACGGAAAAAUUGGAUUGAAAUUGCACGGGGUGAUAAAAAAGGAAGAAGGUAUCGGAGUGGGUAUUCUGUGCCGUCGCUUUUUAGUACGGCGAAAAUGGCUAAAAUGGCGCAAAAAGAAGAGGAUUGGUUGCUUUAUCUACAGAAAGGAAGCAUACAAACCCAAAUCCAAAAAAUCUUAG